AUGGGUCCUCAAAUGAAGAUGUUGGCGGGUCCCCAAGUGACCUUUCUCCGGCCUACCUGUCUAUCGUCACCCUUCGCAGGUUUUCAACUAUCACGAUGCUUCUCAACAUCCUCGCCGGCCCUGGAUUGGCUUACACCGAAGUUCAUGGAAAGGUCGAAGUCCCCGAAAGGUCGACCACAUGUCCCUACCGGCGGAUCCUCUCGCGGUACCACUGUCGUCUGGGGUGACUACGGAUUGCGGAUGAAGGAUCAUGAUCGCCGGCUACCUGCUGCAUCUCUCAAGCUUGCGGAGGAAACUAUCAAGAGACGACUUAGAGGUAUGAAUUAUACCUUGUACAAGCGCGUCAGCGCCAACAUUGGUGUAUACACCAAGGGCAAUGAGCAACGUAUGGGUAAGGGUAAGGGAAAGUUCGACUACUGGACUGCAAGAGUUGCCGUCAGCAGGAUCGUCUUUGAGCUUAAGGGCGAUCUACACGAAAAGAUUGCGAGGGAAGCUUUCCGACUGGCAGGCCACAAGUUACCCGGUCUCUGGGAAUUUGUGAAGAAGGGUGACCCACCCGUCGUCGGUAUCACAAAACUCGGCAACGGUGUCACUCUCGAAAGCCUCAAAAGACCACGGAGGAGUCCGGCCCUAGGUACAGACAAUAUGGCCACACCUCCCAGCUCCACAUCAUCCAGCUCAUCCGCUUCUCCUUAA